UUUUCUGCUUCCAGAAACUCGUGACAUCGAAACAGACUAUAUGCAAAAAUAUAAAACUUAAAAACUGUAAUUCUUUUUGCCUUUCCUCUCAAGCAAAAAGAGAAGAAAAACAAAGAAAAACUGUAUCUCUUUCUCUCCCGAAAUGGCGACUGCAUUCAGGAAGGGUCUUAGAUCUCUUGGAUCUCGUAUACUAAUCAACAAAACAAUCACUACUAGGCAAUUUUCAAACAGGCCACUAACUUCUAUCAUCCAUAAUCAAUCCCCAUCCUUAUUUUCUAAUCUCUAUAAAAAUCCAUCAACAGAAUCUCAAUUCUUCCGUCAAUUUUCAUCCCAAAGAAUACCAAAAAGACCUAAUAAGAUUGAUAUAGGUGCUAGAGCUCGCAAACUUCAGCAGCAGAGACUAUGGACUUACGCUUUAGCAUUCGGUGGAGUUGCUGGUUUUGUAUAUCUUGUUUUAGUUAAUUUUGAAGAUCAAUUGGUUUUUUAUGUAACACCAACUGAAGCUUUUGAGAAAUACAAAGCAAAUCCAAGUAAAAACAGGUUUAGACUUGGUGGAUUAGUUCUUGAAGGAAGUGUUAUUACUCCUUCUUCAUCCGCUACAAUGGAAUUUGUUGUUACUGAUUUGAUUACUGAUACUCUAGUUAGGUAUGAAGGUUCUCUUCCUGAUUUAUUCCGUGAAGGUCAUUCUGCUAUUGUUGAAGGGGCUAUUUUUCCAUUAACCGAUGAAAUUCGUAAAGAAUUGGCUUCAAAUGGGAAAUCUAUAUCUGAAAAAGCUACAAGUAUGGAGUAUUAUUUUAAUGGAAGUGAAGUUCUUGCCAAACAUGAUGAGAAAUAUAUGCCACAAGAGGUUGCAGCAGCUUUAGAGAGGAAUAAAGAGAAGCUCAAGGAAGAAGCUGAGGCGCAAGCAGAAGAAGAAGCGGCUAAAGUAGAAGAGGCAGUGAAAUCAGAAGAGGCUACUAAAACUGACAAGGAAGUUCAGAGAGAGAGAGUUGAUUUUUGAUGCAUAUAUGGGUACUAAUUCUUCCAUUUUGUUUACCCUUAUUCUUUUUAUUGGAUAGUCACAGAUACAUCAACUUAGGGUUUAGAUGGUUGAAUAAUUGAAUUUCUCUAUUGAUGAAUGCCGGAGAAAAAUGAGUAUAUUAUAUACAAUUGAGCCUUUACAGAAUUCAAUUUUUUGUUGUAAAGCGGAGUGCAUAAUUUUUGACAGAAGAAAUAUGUGAGAUUAGAUAUUAUGAUGUUAGAAAAUAAGAGAAAUACUGAAACAUUUGAUAUUUGAUUGGUUACUUUGUAAUUGUUAUUGAAUUUGGUGAAGUUUGGCUAGCAGUUGUUUUGGUUCAA